AUGAGCGGACCUCCUUUUCAAAUCGAUGACUGGCAAACGGCAGCCGCAAAGAAACGUCAGGGAUUACGAGACAGCAUCCCCGAGUCCCAUCUGCUGCCCGCUGAGCUAGCAAAAAAGGCGGCGGAAGGGCUGUUGCUCCCUUCAGAGCCGGAGGUAUUGAAAUGUGGCAUUCUGAAUGACCUUGAUAUCGAAAUAACCUCGAUUGAAGAUGCAGCGGUUCUGCUGGACCGCAUUGCCAAAGGGAUCUACAGUGCAGUCGCCGUGACAGAGGCUUACUGCAAGCGAGCCUCUAUCGCGCAGCAGACUGUUAAUUGCCUGACCGAGAUAAUGUACGAUAAAGCUCUGGAAAGGGCAAAGUAUUUGGAUGAUUACCUUGAGAAUCAUGGAAGAACGAGUGGAAUUCUACAUGGAUUGCCUGUGUCACUUAAGGACCUCUAUGGUGUCAAAGGUAUACAUGCAACGGCUGGACUCGCCUCAUGGAUCCCCAAUGUCUCAGCUGAGGAUUCAUCGAUUACCAAAGGGAUACUUGCUGCCGGCGGCGUUCUAUAUGUCAAGACCAACGUGUCACAGGGCCAUUUGAUGGUCGAGUCCAUCAACAACGUAUUCGGUACUACAUCCAACCCAUACAACACAGCUCUCUCAGCAGGAGGCUCUUCGGGGGGCGAGUCGGCGUUGAUCGCAGCUAAGGGAUCAAUUCUGGGCAGCGCAACGGAUGGAGGUGGGAGCAUCCGGAUGCCCGCGGCUUUCUGUGGUCUCUGGGGUGUAAAGUGCUCCAAAGGGCGGAUGCCAACUAUGGGAAUUCAGUCGCCAGGCGAUGGUAAUGAGUCGACAAAUGCAGGUCUUGGGCCGAUGGCGAGGAGUGUAUCCGGCUGUGAGCUAUGGCUGCAAGCUCAACUUGGGAAUCAGCCUUGGAACUUCGAUUUCAAUUGCAUCCCUAUGCCCUGGAACACGGGGAAAGCACAGAGACCGAAGUCGAAACUGAUAAUUGGCGUGGUUCGAGACGACGGUGUGAUCCGACCGACGCUACCCGUGAGCCGUGCCUUGGAGCAUGUGAUUACUUUGUUAGGCUUGGCAGGGCAUACCGUAAUUGAUCUCCCCGCUGGCGAGAUCAAAGAGAUCCAUCAACGAGGCACCUCCUGCGUCAUGAAGUCAAAUGUGCAAGGCGGAGGCCACGGCAUCAUGCAGCAUAUCGCCGCAUCAGGGGAGCCUGUGGUUCCGCGAACGGCGACCGGUUCGCCAGCAUCUCUUCUCACCACACAUGAAAUCUUCGCCAACCACAAGGAGCGCGCUGGCCUGGCCGCUCGGUACAACGCGCUCUGGGUUCAAUACAGCCUUGACGCGAUCCUCGCACCCGCAGUUGCGCAUCCAGCGCCACCACAUGGCAAGUACGUGUCCAAUUGCUAUGCCGGGAUAUACAAUAUGCUCGACUACGCGACAGGAAGCAUCCCUGUGACCAAGGUGGACUUGGAAAGGGACAUUGCUCCGCCAGAGUGGUACAACGCGCCAGUGUACCCGCGUAUUGAGGAGAUCAGGUUUCCGUAUGACUGGGGAGACAAGGAGAUGAAAGAGAUAUACACUUCGCCAGAGGUAUUCAAGGACUCGCCAGUCGGUGUGCAAAUAGCUUGUAGAAGGUUGCAGGAAGAGAAGUGUGUGGGUAUUUUGAAGGAGAUCGAGGCACUGCUCAAGGAGGGCGGAGCGUGA